AUGCGCUCCCGAAGGUUCAAGCACACGCAGAUUGAUUCGAGGAUGUCAGCAAAGAUCAAGUGGAAUAACAUGAUGAAGACGUUUCUAUGCGUUAUGCUCCGCUGCUACACACUCGAUUGGGAGAAGUUUACAGAAGUCUUUUAUAUUGCGUUUGAAAACAAUCUUAAAGCAUGCGGGUUUCAUGAUGGUACUCGAACCCAGCCGUUACGAAGCCAGUGGAAUCAUCUAAAACACUGGAAGGACCCUAUCUGGAUCUGUGUCAACAGCACUCCUUUAACCCAAUGGGCCGGUCUUAGUUUAUUCGUGGAGAUGAUUGAGUGUACAGCUCAUAGAAAGGUCCGCCUCUUUGCUCAACGAGGUGUCGAUAUCCCGCAUCUUCUUGCAAUGGGGAAAGAAGCUCGUUUAGAACGCAUAUCCUCCUUAUCCACUACACCAACUCGGACACGAAUUCAGCAAACUCCACCAGAAUCACCAGUUCAAAUAAUAUCUCCAGUCCGUUCCCAGCUACCGCCGACGCCGGAAUCUAACUCAACAGUGCCACCUCCACUAGCUAGAGAGCAUUUAUCUACCGAGGCGUUGACACCAGCACAGAGCCCUAAUCAGUCCAUCAAUUACAAUUCAACAUCGUCAUCAUCACCAUCACCAUUACUACCAAGCCCUCUUCAAAGUGUCCGGCCAGAUAUAACUCCCCCUCCGCUGCUCUUUCGGUUUUGGGACGAAAACAGUGGUGGCAUGAAUUCGGCCAACAAAUUUAUCGCAGGCAUGUGGGAUCAAGAUACAACUGCACCGAUACCCGAUCAUUCUACGAUUCAUCCCCGAAUAGUAUCUACGCUGGUUCGGAUGCAUCUUACCAGAAUCAAUGUCUCGUCAGCUUUUAUCUCCUUGUCUACUAGUCCCCUUGGGGUAUUCCAUCGCGCUCUUAGAGCCGGAAAGGCAAAUAUUUCCAUCUUAGACACAUCUAAGAUGAAUCAAUCUCACUUGUUCUCUGUUUUCCCCUUUCUUAGGCACGAACCCAUCAUGUAUGGCAGUGAUGGGAAAAGCCGGUAUUUCGGGCAAGGUGAAUGGCUAGUUUGGGGAAUAAUACCUUCCGAGGCUAUCAUCACGACCUUCUCUACGGAUACCUUGUUUUCCAUUUCCACUGAAUACCCUAGCAUUGGGAAGUUAUUGCAGCUUCAUUUGAUCAAAAAAGCGAAAUUCAACAGAGCUCCCCUUACUAGAAAACUUGGGUCCAAAAAUGUCAUGUCAGAUGUGCACUCUGGGAGGUGCAUGGGUCAGUUUUUAAAGUUACUCAAUGUUCCACAGUCCCAUAUAUCUACUUUAGCCAUGUUAUUUGCUACGAAGUGGUCAUGGAGAUCUCCGGGAGACAAACGAGCGGCGUACCUGCAAGGCGUUCAACGAGGUUUUAUAAGCGCUUACAGCUUGAAACUCCCACAACCUGAUGCAGAAGAUACUGAAAGUGAGCAAGAGGAGGAUGCAACUGGUCAAUACUACGAAGAACUUGAAUCUGACCGUGAAGAUGAAGUUGAUUGUGAAGACGAAGCACAAUAUGAUGCAGGGGAUGGUGUUGAUUUGGCCAGUGGAGCAGCUGAUCCAUUCGCCAUGAAACGUGCAAGUAUUGCAACAAUGUUGAAAUGGUAG